AGGGAAAAAGUAAACACACUAGAGAAACUAUAGAGGUGGAGGUGAACAUAAAGAGUUUCCAAAUAAGAGAAAGAGUGGUACGCUUUAGCAUAUCAUGAUUUAGCACAGCAUAUUGCACACUUAUUAUCGAGUCAAGUCCGGAAGUUGAUUCAUUAAAAGUAAGCGGUUGUACCACCUAUUACUUCCGAUAGCAAUCCCGUGCUUGUAGCCAAGCUCGAAUUCCUUUACCUUUACAUUCUGAAAAUCGUUGACAUACUUAUCAUGCAAGUAAUGACGGCAGAAAUUGUAUCUCUAAAAUUUAAAAAAUGUCUAGCUUAGUUGUUCCUUGCAAUGGGGAAGGGGUUGGUUGGCAAACUCGCUGUGCAUCAAUAGCUGUGCUAUCUUGUUGCUCUUAAGAACAUGAAGCGCUGGGUAAAGAUGAUUCGCCUCAUUGGUGGCCUUUGUCUUGUAACACUUCUCGGUAUUGCAUAUGUUAGCUAUCUCUGUCACAAUUCACUGUGUUUGGCUCCAGAGCGUUCUAACCUCUCCCCAAGAUACAGCGUCAUUUCCAGUAGUAGCAGUAGCAGGUCAGAAAUCCUAUCAUCACCUACCUCAAUGGUGAAACUAAUAGGUGGAUUUCCCUCAAAAGUCAACAUUGAAUCAGUUGCAUUUGAAGAUGCUUAUGACAUGGGGUUUGACAUCACCAGCAGGGAUGUUAUAGUGUUUCUGCAUAUUCAAAAAACGGGUGGUACAACGUUUGGCCGGCAUCUUGUCAGAGAUCUGAAUUUAGAGAAUCCUUGUAAUUGCCCAAGAAAGCGAAAACGCUGUGAUUGUUUCCGUCCCAAUACCGUCAAUGAGCAGUGGCUAUUUAGUCGGUAUUCAACCGGUUGGAAAUGUGGACUUCACGCAGACUGGACCGAACUGACGGAUUGCGUGGAGGGUGCGCUAGACGAGUACGAAGGAUCUUCAAGAAAAAGAAGAUAUUUUUUCAUCACUGUUCUUCGUGAUCCAAUUCACCGAUACCUGUCAGAAUUCCGCCAUGUUCAGAGAGGUGCCACUUGGAAAAGUGCCCGGCAUUGGUGCGGUGGCCAGGAAUUUACGAGUCUGCCCCACUGCUACAAGGGAUCCAACUGGACUGGUGUCGAGUUGGAUGAGUUUAUGAAUUGUUCGUAUAAUCUGGCUCAUAACCGGCAAACACGAAUGCUGGCGGAUCUGACACUGGCCGGCUGUUACACUGGCUACAAUACGACAGCAGACCAACUGGAACGUGAUAGAAUCUUAUUGCAAAGCGCCAAACAGAACUUAGCAAGUAUGGCCUAUUUUGGGUUGACAGAAGAGCAGGCUACUAGCCAAUACAUAUUUGAACGAACGUUCCAUCUUGACUUUGCAAACCCAUUUGACCAAGCAAAUGCAACUCUGUCAGCUCAGGCAAUAGCCGAAUUAACGCCAGCUCAGAUAGAACGAGUUCGCCAGCUCAACAGCCUUGACAACGAGCUAUUAGAAUUCGCCCGGCAUCUGUUGCAAGAGCGAUUUAAGAUGCUUAAACGACGGGACCCCCAUUUUAGGCGGAACUGGUUUCGCGUUAUCCAUCCUCAUAAGUCCGAGAGAACGACAGAAACUCAUUAGUCUAAACAAAAAAAAUCAUAAACACGGGAAAUGUUGCCAUCCUGCCAUUUAAUAAUCUUUUUUCGAAGGAAUUUUCACCGGUCUUUGCCUCUUGCACCCUUUUUAUUUAAAUUUUUUUUUUUACUUUAGGAUGCUUUUCUCACAAGUCGUCUGUUUUUAUAUAUAUAUGUGUACCAAUCGUCUAAUCUUUGAUCACCACAGUUGUUUGGCUAUUUUUAAUCAAGAUAAAAAGCUCACAGAAUUUUAAGAGAUGACGCAUUUUGUCGUGACAUAAAAUCUGUCAUAUUACCUUGUGCUAUUUUUCGUUUGUUAACCAUCCUUGUCCUGCCAUCCAUGGCUUUUGAUUUUAUCGAUUGAGUUCACUUGUCCGAUCCCUGCAUAUUACGCAUCUAUUUGAUUUUGACAUUUUAUAAGGAUCCGACAAUGACGUGGAAUACCGUUGAAUUUUCUUACAUAAAAGAAUCGCCCUCUCUUCCAGCUAUGAUCAAUUAAUCUCUCGACCAUGUAGUCUCCUUGUUGAAUCCUCUUCCUGCAACGUUUGCUUGUAAUCCCAAUCUCAUGAAACAUGGCAGUUGUUUUUAUAGCCUUCACAAGUUCCCAGCGAUUUCUUUUCACACUUAAGUGCACCAUGUUUUCAUAGCGCUUUAAUAGCACAUCCUUUCAACAUGCCUAUUCAUUGCAAGACUGUUUGUGCAAUCCUUUUUUUUGGCACGGAAAAAGAUGAAACCACGCUUCCGAAAAUAAUUCUAAAGAUAUUAAUGCUACCCAUAGAAACUAAAGUUAAUAAACACCUCCAGUAUGAUCUGAAA